CUUUACCUUUUUUUUGGAGGGUGCAAUCCUUUAAAGAACUGACCAAUACCAAAACCAAAUCCCCAUCUUUUUUUCUUUCUUCCCUUUUCAGGAAACUGGUUUAGGGCACUUUUUUUUCUUCUGGUUCUCUGAUCUUCCCCAUCUCUGGCUCGCUCUGGUUUCCAGUAAUCCAUCACUUCCCAAAGCUCAUGGAGGGCGCCGCUCCGUCCAAUGAACGCCUUGGGUUUGGGAAGAUGGGUUAUGGAUGCGAGCAUUACAGGAGGAGAUGCAAGAUUCGAGCACCUUGCUGCAAUGAAAUUUUCUCCUGCCGUCAUUGCCACAACGAGGCUGCGAGCAUGCUGAAGAACCCCUGUGAUCACCAUGAGCUAGAUCGGUAUGAUGUGAAGCAAGUUGUAUGUGAAGUUUGUGACACAGAGCAGCCGGUUGCCCAAGUUUGUACAAACUGCGGUGUCAACAUGGGGGAAUACUUCUGUGGAAUAUGCAAAUUCUUUGAUGAUGAUAUUGAGAAAGGGCAGUUUCACUGUGAUGAUUGUGGUAUCUGCAGAGUUGGUGGCCGUGAGAACUUCUACCAUUGCAAGAAGUGCGGUUCUUGCUAUUCAGUUUCCCUCCGAGACAAUCACUCGUGCGUGGAGAACUCAAUGCGCCACCAUUGCCCAAUAUGUUACGAGUACUUAUUUGACUCCAUGAAGGACACUGUAGUGAUGUUAUGUGGCCACACAAUGCACCAUGAAUGUCGUGAUGAAAUGAUGAGGCACGAGAAAUUCUGUUGUCCAAUAUGUUCAAGGUCAGUCAUUGACAUGUCCAAGGCCUGGAAGAAUAUAGAUGAGGAGAUCGAAGCAACGGUCAUGCCAGAGGACUAUCGAAACAAAAAGGUUUGGAUCCUUUGCAACGACACUACAGAGGUCAACUUCCACAUAAUUGGGCAGAAGUGCAGCCACUGUAAGUCAUACAACACGAGAACCAUUAGACCUCCUGUUCUUCCGCAGCAAUGAUGGAUUGACUGGAAGCGAGGGCCGGGGAGAAAGCCGAUUGAGAUAGGAAGGAUGAUUAAUCAAUCAUUUCUGUCCUGUAAACCGAAUUGGUUGUUGUACCAUUGUGGUUUUUGGAUGUGAAUUUUUCUUUUGUUGUUGUACCAUUGAAGUUUUAACGAACUUCAUUCCGUGCCCCCUCAGAAACUUGGUUUUCUGCCAGGCCAGUAGUUCUUUCUAUCUCCAGAUUGUGGAGUGUUUUUGAUUGAUUAUUGCCCACUCCAGUGGAACUGUAUGUUUCUGGGUUCGAUGUAUAAAAACUUAUAUAGCAGCAAGAUGAAAAAUGAAUCAGUCGUUCAUUCUCGAUUCAGGAUUCACCAAGUACUCGAGUUUUGAUAUGGUCAGGUAUGGACCAGCUUGUCAAUAGUUGCAAUGUCAACUUGUCAAUAGUAUUCAUACUAGUGUGUAGCAUGUUCACAUGUUACGGCACCGUGGUUACUAAGGGUAAAUUGAGUAUGGAAAAAUAAAUUAUAUUAGUUAAUUUUUUAAUAAAUUACAUUUAAGGUAGUUACAAAAAUCUAUUAAUUAAAAUUCUCUCUUUCUCUCACUUCCGUAAUCUCCAGCCAGAUUUCCUUUCCAUAAUAUUCUUAAUCUUUCUGAAAAAAAAAAAAAAAAACGAAAUCAGUACCAAUCCAUUAGACAAACACUACCACUUUGAAAAACAUUAAUGCCAUUGCAGAAAUAAAUCUAUACCAUUACACGAAAACUACCAUUGCAGAAAUAAAUUCAUACCAUUACACGAAAACUACCAUUGCAGAAAUAAAUUUAUACCAUUACACGAAAACUACCAAUAUAAACAAUCUAUACCAUAAACAGUCAAUGGCCUAAGUUCAGGUCCUUAAGGCCUCUUUUUUAAGGAGGAUCUUAAAGCCUUAUGAUUGGCUAACUCAAUUUUAAGUAAUUAGUGGGGAGUUAUUAGUUAAAUAGUUGUUAGGGGUAUUAAGGAGACUACAAUUAAAUUAAAAACCGCCGUCUCUUUCUUUUCCCAACCCCAACCCCAACCCCAACCCCAACCCAUUUCUCUUUCUUUUUCCCUCCCGCAAUUCGAGCCGUCCCGCUGUCUGUUUCUUCAUCCUCCUGCAAGCGAACAAACCGUUCGGUCGUCCCGAGUUCUCCGUCCGGUCGUCCCUUCUCCUGCAGCCACUCCAGCAGUCGCUCUCCUCACGGCAGCAGCUUCGUCCCGCCGUUAGAACCUUCGCCAUCCCGCCAUCAUCCCGCCGCUACAGUUCUAGCAUCUCCGACAUCCCGACGACGCAGCUUUUUGUGACGCCGCCAUCCCGCUUGCACACCUGGCCGUCAUCAUUCUCUUAGACUCCCUUUGAAAAGUGACAGUAUUUCAUUAAUAAUAAUGACAACGUGGUUAUUAGUAAUUUGGUGUGGAUAAUGAGUGGUUGUGAUCAUCAAAGUUGUAAUGCGAAAGUAGUAAUAAUUUUGGAGGUUUUGUUAACGUUUAUGUUUGCAAUGUUUUUACUCUAUUGACAAUGUUCUAGUAUGCCAUUAUUAACGAAAAAUUUGUUAUUAAUGUUUUAAUAUGUAAUCAUUAAUGAAAUUAAAAAGAAUUUUAACGCUUUUCCGCGAAUGAUGAACACAUGUAUGAAGUUAUAUUUCGCGUUAAUGUUGUAUGGUUGUCAUUUUCAACGUUGCAAUACGAAACCAAUCAUAAUGCUGUUAACAUAUCAAAGAUGAUUAUCAUUCUUAAAUGUAUUUUGUUAAUAAAAAUGACAAAAAUGGCUAAUAUACAUACCCAUAAGAUCUUUUAUUAUUAUAUUUUUUGUUUGACUUAUGAUUGCAAUUCAAUAACAUUAUUAACAAAAAUUGUUUCAAUUAUUAACGGUUUGUUGAUAGAUCAUAUUAUAAAAGUUGAUAACGUUACCUUGGAUGACGUUAUCAACGAUAUACAAAAACAUUACCACCGUUUUCCAAUGUUAAUAAUGAACAUUGUCAAGAUUA